CGGUAAAGUUGUUCCACCGAGCAUCGAAAAUUUGAAGCCAGGCUCUACAAAUGUAAUAUAGACGCGUAAAGUGGAUACUCUAGUGUACGAUACCAGAAAUUUAGGACCAUAUAGUUAUUUCACUAAAGCCAGCAUAUCGACCAGCGGUCAGUGAUGUUGGGAAUCCUGGCUGGUUUCGUAGCAGCGGUGCUACUGCUGAUAGUUGUCAAUUGGAUCCUGUCGUCUAAACCUGUCAGCCUGCAUGGAAAGCAUGUGCUCAUCACUGGGGGAUCAAGUGGUAUCGGUAAGUUUUUGGCGAUCGAAGCGGCCAAGGCUGGUGCCUCGCUCACCCUGCUGGCCAGAAACCAAGAACGCCUGUCCGAAGCCAAAAGCGAAGUCGAGCCAUAUCUCACACCGAAGCAGAGAAUCGUCUGUGUUUCGGUCGAUCUAUCGAAAGACUACCACCAGGUUGAGCAUGCGUUCCGACAAGCAGAAGAGAUCCUCGGACCCGUGUUCAUGCUCGUGAACGCCGCGGGAGCGUCCGUCAGCGAGCGAUUCGACGAAACGCCCGUCGACGACUUCCGCCGGCUCAUGGAGGCAAACUACCUGAGCGCCGUCUACGCGACGAGGGCAGUCCUACCCGAGAUGAAGCGUGCCGGAGGAGGCCGCGUUGUCUUCCUCUCCUCGCAGGCCGGCCAGCUCGGCGUCUACGGCUACGCGGCGUACUCCGCGUCGAAGUUCGCGCUGCGGGGUUUCGCCGAAGUGCUGCAGAUGGAGGCGAAGCCAUACGGCGUCGCCGUGACGCUCAGCUUCCCUCCCGACACGGACACGCCCGGCUUCCGGAAGGAGCUCGAGAUGGGGAAGCCGAAGGAGACGCUGCUGAUAUCGGACACGUCCGGAGUCUUCGCGCCGGACCACGUCGCGCGCGUGCUGCUGCGGGACGCGCUGCGAGGACGCUUCCUCAGUUAUAUCGGGCUGGACGGGUUCCUGCUGGCGACGGUGACCUGCGGGGUCGCGCCCGUGUCGUCUCUGCUCGAGGUUGUCGUGCAGGUUCUAACCAUGGGACUGUUUCGAAUCGUCUCUCUGUUCUACCUGAGUAGUUUCGAUAGAAUCGUUUCAAAGUGCUUGAAGGAAAGGAUGGAAGAUGAGAAGAAGCGGUGAAUGUGAGUGUUUACGAUGUGCAUGCAAGUACAGUCAACCUCGCUUAAUUCGUCAUCACUUUAUUCGUAGAAUGACUAAUUCGUACAAAAGCAUAUGGUCCAAAUAUUUCUCUUCUUUAUUCCCUUUAAUUUCCGUUGUAUAAUUCGUAAUUCGUACAAAAUUCUCUGGUUCAAUUAACAUUAUUCAAUUAAAAAUGACACGCGUAAUUCGUAGGGGAUGUUUGUUUAUGCAAGCAACAUUUUAUCUUUGAGAAUAUUUAUAAACACUGCCACUCGCUGAACAACUAAAAUCAAUAAGCCAGUUCGUAGUUGAGCAUGCGCGAGAUGCGCGAACUUUUGCCAAAGGUCAAUUGUACAUAAACCGGUCGCUGUGUCUCCGUUCUGUGUGAUAGCAAGUGGAACCCUACGGGCCUACGUACUGUAUUUGUCCAAGUUUGAAAUGAAAUAAAAUUUAACCGAGAUUUGCUCAAUAUAGAAUGUGCGUAAACUUCAAUAUAAUAAUCUUUAUACAUGUAGAACAAAUACAUGUAUGUUAUUUUCCAUAGCUUCUGUGUAACAUGCAUAAAUAUUAUGUAGUAUACGGCAAGUGCGUACGCGCGAUCCAGCUGUUCAGCUAUGUACAAAUAACUUUGUAAAAACUUUCAUUCAUAAAUCGACACACGGCCGUCGGCUUUCAUUUACACGAAUUAUGUAUCUAUUUCGUGGUUUCUACGGAUUAAAUAGAAUUCGUUAAAAAUACGAAUUAAGUCUAAUUCGUUGAUUACGUCAUUUAUAGAAAAUGCUGUGGUCCUGUCUGGUACGAAUUUUAAAAGCGAGUUUGUUGACUGUACUUUGUUUUGACAAAUUUUUGAUAUUGUUUAGAUGAUAGUAGAACAUUGUAAAGCAAUGUUCACAAUAAUGUCUCAUUGCCAUGUUUAUGAUAUGAUAAUUCAGUUUAUUUUCUUGAAUUGACUGAUGAUCAUAUAAUGUAAAUCAACUUGAUUUGUGUAUUCCUAUAUCAUGCUAUAUAUAAUUCCCACAAUAAACAGAUACAAGUUAAAAAAUUUGUAUAUAUUAUAUAAUAAUACUAUAUAUAUGGUAAUAUUUUAAUUUAGUUACAAAACUAAAAUGGUAUGUCCAUUAAUUGGUACAUUUUACAAGUGGUACAUUGCACUUUCGCCAAACACUUUCGCCAAAGUUAACGUCCAAAGUCCUCCGCGUUGCGGAAUAUUCGUGAAAAUCGCGGAAUUUGCGUGAAUCGCGAAAAACGCAGUUUUGGAAAA